UUCCUCUAUCGAGGACUGACGAACCCUCUGGCUCACAUCCCAGGCCCAGCUUCUUCGCGAUGGUCCAGUCUCCUCCUAUGCUAUUACAGCCUGCGAGGCGAGGUGGCCCAGUAUGUUCAUGACUUGCAUCGCAGAUACGGCUCCGUUGUCCGGGUCAGUCCCAAUGAAGUCGACAUCUGCGAUAGCAGCGCCGUGAAGGAGAUCCACAAAGCGGGCAGUGGGUAUUUCAAGUCUCAAUGGUAUCUCGACCUUACCCCAGUCGCGCGACAAAGUACCUUUUCCACCGUCGAUCCGAAGUUCCAUGCCGCUCAUCGCCGGCUGCUGGCAGCGCCCAUCUCCGACUCGGUCCUAAUGACCCGGUUCGAGCCAUUGAUUCGGUCCAGAGUCGGACAGGCAAUGGAUCGAAUCGCCGAAGAAAUGAUAACCACCGGCGCUGGGGACGUUUACAAGUGGUUGCUCUUCAUGGCGACCGACAUCAUCGGCGAAAUGUCCUUUGGGGAGUCCUUCCGCAUGUUGGACUCGGGGAAGAAAAGCGAUUACAGCAAUGAUCUGGAAAGGAUUGCCGCCACGGGCGCCAUCCGCACCAGUUUCCCCUCUCUCGUCCGGCUGGCCGAGAUUCUGCCCCUGCCCAUCUUCCGCGAGACUGUCCGAGCGGCGGACCGCAUGGAAACCUAUGCCGUGGCUUCCAUCGAGCGCUACCACAACUUGCUGAAGCAGAAUCGGACCGAUCCCAAAAUGACACUGUUCACUAAAUUAUAUGAUGCGGGAGAGAAUGGUCUCUCGAAGAAAGAGAUCAUCAAUGAAGCUCGUAGCUACAUCGUUGCCGGUAGCGACACCACCGCAGUGACCCUUACCUAUCUGAUCUAUACGCUUUGUCGGAACCCUCGCAUUCGUGACACCCUGGUGGCUGAGGUCGCGCAGCUUCCGCCGGACUUUACCGAUCGGGAUCUGCGUGGUUUAUCGUAUUUGAAGUAUGUGAUUCUCGAGUCGCUGCGACUGUACAGUGCGGUGCCGGUGGCGCUGCGUCGUGCGGUGCCUCCUGGCGGAGCGCAUCUGGCAGGCUACGAUCUGCCAGCGGGCGUCGAUGUUGGAACCCAGUCGUAUUCGUUGCAUCGUGACGAGAAGGUCUUUGUGGACCCCGAUCGAUUCGAGCCCUCUCGUUGGGCCUCGCCGACCCAAGCGAUGAAAGAUGCCACGUUACCAUUUGGUGGAGGGUCGCGUGUCUGUCUUGGAAUACAUUUGGCUCGGAUCGAGCUCCGUCUCGCCACGGCCAUGUUCUUCCGUCGGUUUCCGCAGGCGCGUGUGUCGAAUCGAUGUGGGAUGAGUGAGGCUGAUAUGGUGAUGGAGUCGUUCUUUCUUAUGGCACCCAAAGGACAUCGGUGUUUGAUUGAGGAGGGUUGGUCGCAGAAGGAGGGUUGA